CCUCACACACAACACACGCACAGAUAUACACACACACGAAGCAGGCGGCUGAGACGGACGGACGGACUCAGGCGGCUCCCGACAAGCCCCAAGCACGCACGGCACCACGCACGCACAGUCACACAGCCGCAAUCGACGGCCUCUUCGGCGAUUCGGACGGACGCACGGACCCGAACCCUUGCUGCUCUAGAAGCGCUGUGUGGUUCCGUCGUGCCCCCGACGUGACGAGAGCACGACAUGCGAACGACACUGUCCAGAAGUCGCGACGUCGCCUACCGCUGCGGCGCGGCCAUAGUGCAAGCGUUUUGGACUGUAUUCUAUUUCUUCUACUUUCUAUUCAAAGGAUUGCCCGAAUGGAAAUGUGAAACACACGCAAAAGUGGAGAAGCCGAAGGUUUGCUGUGCAGAUGCCAAAUCCAGUGAACACUUCCACGACACUCCAGCAUCUCAUACGCAUAUGUAUACUCGUAGCCCCACCACUUACCCGACCUACUCGGGCUACCAGGACCGCAAUCAGAGCAGGGGAGUUAUCCAGCGAAUUGGUGACAGUGCGCAUGAGAUAGCUAGGGCUAUGAAGCUCUAUGCUCGAAGGGCUGGACGAUUUCUGUUCAACGCAGGUUAUCAAGUGGUCAGGGCGGUAUAUGUUAUUCUGCUCUAUCUCUGGGCUUUCCUAAAAAUGUUUUUUACCACAAGUGUGCCUUCAAAAGCCCUUCCCGCAACGCCUAAACCUUACCAACCUCCCGCUACCCAUACUGAACCUUCACAGUCGUUUAACAGCGUAGAAUUCAAGCCUGAAGAGUUGACAGAAGCUUAUGAAAAGGAACAUUUGCAAGAAAAGCAGGAAGUUGAAUCCAGACCUGUCCCCGAUCGAGGCAGAGUGUGGGAUGACCCUAAAGUCCGUUACACUCGUCCACCACAAGAUCAAGGAUCAAGAUAUGCCCAUGAACCACCACGGGAAAGACGACCUCCACCUCGAACUGUUGCUGAACCACCAUGGAGGGAGCCGGUUCCAGCACCACGUUCCAUGCCCGAACCAUCGCGGGAACAGGCACGACCUGAGCCUCAGAGACCAAAGGAAGAACCUACAAGACCUGAACCUGAACCCAGGCAUAUUCAACCUCAACCGCGUCACCUACUCGAACCAACGCAGGAGCAACCUGCACCAGGUUCGGCACCCCAGCCUCCGAGGGAACAACCUCCAUCGGAAUUUGCUCCCCCUCCACUACAGGAACGACCUGCACCACGUCCGGCACCCCAGCCUCCAAAGGAAGAACCUCCAAUGGAGUAUGCACCUUCACCACCACAGGAACGACCUGCAUCACGUCCGGUACCCCAACCACAGGAACAAGCCCCACCGAGGUAUGCGCCUGAACCACUGCAGGAACAAGCUUCGCAAAGAUUUGCGCCUGAACAACCGCGGGAGCAACCUCCACCAAGAUAUGCUCCCGAACCACCUCGGGAACAGCCAUCUACGAGAUAUGUUCCUCAGCCACCGCAAGAACCACCUACGCCAACGCCAGAUGGACGUCAAACACCUGUAGCGAUUCCGAGAAUGUAUACAGCACCACCGCCGCCCGAACGUCCCACAUAUGGACUGGACCCGGCUGCUUCGAUCGCAGCACAGAAGUUCACCGAUACGAGCCUAGAUAAGGAGAAAAAUGGCAGAGAAUUCAGGGACGCCGGCGAUCCAUGGGACAAUGAAUCGUCAUCGACCAUGCGCGGUGGCGGUGGUGGCGGUGGUAUAAACGAUCGUGUUACGACACCAACGUUGAAGAAAGAAAAACCAGGAAUUGGAAAGUUGCCAGCGGAAGUGAUGGCCGAGUUACAUGACGUUCCAGGCACGCAAAGAAUGCGUCAAGAACGAGAAGCGUCAAUACAACGUGAGAUGACACAAAGCUGUCAUCCCGAUAUGGCUGCAUGGAAAACAAUCGACAAUGAUACGAGGUAUGACCGUUCGGCUACAGCUACACCAUUCCGAGCAAGUAGUGUUGGUCCAACAAUGCGUAGAUUGGAGCAAGUUGUGAGCAGAUUGGAGGAUACCAACGAUAAUGAGGCACAAUAUGUAUUCAGAGCGAAACCCGACUAUGUGCUAGGUACACCGGUCUUUACACCACUUGAAGAAGUAGAGCAAAUGCGCGACAGUAUCAAUAGAGCUACGCCAGUGGCGCAAAACCCAUAUCUAAACUAUUCAAGGCCAGCUUACGAUUCACGACCGGUCACACCAGCAAUGAGCAUUCACAGUGGACGUUAUACCCCAUUCGGCCAAGAAUCAUCCUAUGCCACUUAUCCCUAUAGGAGCGAAGAGGACGGUGUUCGACGAAGGGCUCGAACCGUAGGUCCGGUUGGACGAGAUAGUAUGCCACGUGUGACGCACAGUUUCUAUACAAAUGCUCCCGUUGCUUCACAUACAGCUCGGAGAACACCACUACCAUUCGAUCGUGGAGCGAAUUUUGCCUACGAUAGGGAGGGCGUCACUCAAGGCAAUGUAUCAAAACAUGUGCGUCGAUGGCCACCGGCCAGUAACGCAACCGGAGCCGAAGUGAGCAAAGACGAGUGGGUAAGGGAAGUGGCCAGAGAACGCGAUGAUGGACUCAUUACCACUAUGGCAAGGAGAGUGAUGGAGAAAAAAACCGAAGAUAACUGGAAAUGGCAUGAUGAUCGUGGACGAGUGCUUGACGAGCAGAAACAGAAACAUUGGAAAGUAAGCAUUUUUGAUUACGUAUGA